AUGGCCAACGAAGGAGACGAUGCUUUAGACAACAUGCGUGGGAGAGAUGAGUUCCCACAAAGAGCUUUAGAAGAACUGGAAGACGUCAAGGAGACUUUGGAUCGCUUAACCGGUGAGCACAAUGAUGGACUGACCAACCUUGAGCUUAAACUAACCGAGAUUGUAUCGGCAUUGCAUGGGGAAGUUGAAGCCCUAAAGCAACAACUGAAGGCAGCAAGGUUAGCUGAGCGCACUGAUCAUGUUACUGUGCGCGAAACCAAGAUCGAGGGCCCAAAACCGAAGGAGUUUAGGGGCGACCGAAACGCUCAAGACGUAGAGAACUUCCUUUGGAGAAUGGAAGACUACUUUGAGCACCUCAACAUAGUGGAUGAGGCUGCCAAGGUUCGUGCAGCAACUAUGUAUCUUACCGACACCGCCAUGCUUUGGUGGAGGCGGAAGAUGGCGGAUAUGGAGAAAGGUAUUUGCUCCAUCAAGAGCUGGGGUAAGUUCAAGCAUGAGCUGAAGCGCCAGUUCUACCCCCAAAACAUUGUCAACGAGGCUCGUCGGAAGUUGAGAGAGCUUAAGCAGACAACGUCCAUUCGUGAGUACGUGAAGGAGUUCACGAAACUCAUUUUGCAGAUUCCCAACAUGUCUAGUGAGGAUCUGUUGUUUUAUUUCAUGGACGGCCUUCAAGGCUGGGCCAAACAAGAGUUGCAGCGACGUCAAGUCAAAGACGUUGAUGAAGCCAUAGCUGUAGCGGAGUCCUUAACUGAUUUUAGGACAGAAUCUACCAAAGCAAAGGACACCAAAGGCAAGCCAACUAAACCUGGAGGAGAUCGUGCAUACCGUGACAAAGGCAAGCAAGCUGCUGGCCCUAGUCGUGAUUUCAAAGGAGAAGGCAACAGAAAUUCUCAUUGGCGCAACAGGUACAAUGAAAGGAAGAAGGCAAAUGGUCCGCACAAUGGCUGCUAUCUUUGCAAGGACCCCAGCCAUUUCUACAAGGAUUGUCCUACUCUGGGCAAGUUUGGUGCCAUAAUUGCAGCGGAACGAAGACAAGCUGAUGGAGCUGCACAAGCCAAUGCACAAGCGGGAGAGGCUGCUGCUCAAGAUAAACAUGAUGUAGCUCAUCUUGGCCACAUGAUGCUUGGUGCGUUGCUGACAAAGGAACCUGCUUUGAAGCAGGCUGUUCGAGACAAGCCUGGCCUUGCCCAAAUGGGUCAGACUUUGCUUGGUGCUGUGAUGGGAAGGGAGCCCAGGUUGAGGCAAAAAGGGUCACUGUUCGUUGAUGCAAGACUUAACGGGCAGCAUGUUCGUAUUAUGGUUGACACUGGCACGACACAUAACUUUGUGACUGAAGCAAAGGCUAAGUCACUUGGACUUGUGUUUAGUCCCAGCAGCUCUUUAUUGAAGACGGUCAAUGCCGACCUCACCAACGUGAACGGAGUUGCAUGCAGCACAACUUGGUCUAAACCAGAUUUAUAUUUGGGAUCCGAGGGUCCUUGUGUGGUACCAACAGUUCGCGUGCCGCAAGUUGUGGGUCAGUUAUCCGCAAUGCAAAUUGUGAAAGGCUUCAAGAGAGGUGAAGCCACGUUCUUAGCUGCUGUAACAGAGAUCGAGGAGGACAAGGUUGAUGAAACCUUACCCCCAUGUGUGCAGCAAGUUCUUGUUGAGAACAAGAACGUUAUGCCCGAAGAACUUCCCAAACGUUUGCCACCACGUAGGGAAGUUGAUCAUCAGAUUGAGCUAAUUCCGGGAGCAAAGCCACCUGCUAUGGGUCCGUAUCGCAUGGCACCUCCAGAAUUGGAGGAAUUGAGGAAGCAACUAAAGGAGCUGCUCGAGGCGGGACAUGUUAGGCCGUCAAAGGCACCAUUUUGA